UUCCCCGCGUUAGUGCCCAACUUCUCCCAAACUGUCCCGGGACUCAGAGCUGCGCUUCUCCCACUCCCCUCAGCUUCCUUAGGAUUUUGUUUCUCAGGGAUGGCCGCAUCUAUUCUGGAGGUAGGGAAUGUAAUUGAAGACGCACGCUAUGGCUCCAGUCCUCUGGCUAUGUUAACUGCUACCUGUAACAAGUUUGGCAGCACAAGCCCCGUCAGGGAUUCAGCUACACCCGGGAAGACCGGCAGCACUACUCCAGUAAAGAAGCCCUACACCAUGACCUCUGACCUUCAGACAGCUAAGAACGGGCGGACCGCAGACGGCAGUGGCCUGGCAGACUCCUACACUGGCUCCUUCACCACAGCUGGAGGAGGAGGCGGCGGGCUGCUUACCCCCACUGGAAGCCCCCCUCCUUCAGCCGGAGGCUACACUACAGAAUAUAACCCUUUCUCCCACUCCUUCCAGACCUCGGUUUCCCAGGACCCGUCUCUUUUAGUGUCCAAGGCCCACGCUACGGCCGACUGCCUCACCAGUGUCUAUACCUCGCUGGAUAUGACACACCCCUAUGGCUCCUGGUAUAAAGCUGGUAUCCACCCUGGCAUUACUGCUGCCCCAGCUAAUGCCACGUCCUCCUGGUGGGAUGUCCACCCCAACUCCAACUGGCUGUCAGCAACCCAGCCCCAGACGGACGGAGGUCUCCAGGCCUCUCUGCAGCCUGUAGCACCCCAGGCCUCUCUAAGCCCACAGCUGCCCAGUUACAGCACCGACUUUACUCCACUCAACCCAGCUCCUUACCCUUCCGUGGGACUGGGAUCCUCCUCACACCUCCUCCAGCCCUCCCAGCACAUGCUGCCCCAGGACAUGUACAAGCCCAAGCCUGUGCCAAGCGCAGGGCUGAUUGAGAGUCCCAUGGGCCUAAAGCCCGCUAGGGGAUCAGGGGGCUACAGUGGAGGGGGUGCGCCCACCAGGUCCUCAUGUGACUGCCCCAACUGCCAGGAGCUGGAAAGGCUGGGGGCCUCUGCUGCGUCCCUGAGGAAGAAGCCGGUCCACAGCUGCCACAUCCCAGGCUGUGGGAAGGUUUACGGCAAGGCCUCCCACCUCAAAGCCCACCUGCGCUGGCACACUGGCGAGCGGCCCUUUGUUUGCAACUGGCUGUUCUGCGGGAAACGUUUCACCCGCUCGGAUGAACUGGAGAGGCACGUGCGCACCCACACGCGGGAGAAGAAGUUCACCUGUCUACUGUGCAACAAGCGUUUCACACGCAGCGACCACCUCUCGAAGCACCAGAAGACCCAUGCGGAUUCUGCAAUGCAGGGGAAAGCUGUAUCUGUGGAGGGAGAAACAGAUCCACGGAGCGAAGAGACCACAGAGCUCAACACCAGCGCUGUACCCAACAAUCCUGUUGCUGACCAAAUCACCAACGGAGAUGAGAAGACUGGCACACCUAAUGGAGUGGAGAACAGCAGUGGACUGUUGGAGAUCUGACUCUAUUAAGUCUUCUAUCCAGUGGGUUUGUUCUUUAUGGUGAAAAAUUCACCUUUUAAAUAAAGAAAAAGACAGUAUUUUGUUUUAAGACAUACAAAGGAUAUCUGACCAUGUUUGAAAAGACUUGAUAUGAUAAAUGACUGAAUAUGUUGCAGGUAGCAAUCACUUCAUUUUCUCUGGACCACACACACACACACACGUAAACAUAGACCAAUGCACAAUAUAUGCAGAGAGACACAAACAUUAGCAACCACGCAAGGCUCUACAAGAACACAAAUAUAACAUUCACAUGUGCAAGCAUAUUUAAUGCAUACAUGCAUGUACACGCACACACAAAGAGAAUUAUGCCUGCACACACGCAUACAAGUAAACACACUCAUGCACACAUUUACCCUAUACACAUUUUCUGCCUUUCAAAUGAGACAAACCACUGGGGAAAUUUAAUCUGCAAAAGCAGAAGGAAAAGAGCUCUGAAGCCGCAAAAGGAAAGUAGUUUUAGAAGGAGACUUAUGGUUAGGAUGAUGGAGUUGAUGGAGCAUUGCAUGCCUAGAGAAAAAUCUGAUUUACAGCUGUACUUUGAUACUUAUUCAUUAUUCUUGAAACAAUCAAUGGACAGUCUUACUUACUGCUUCUUGUUGCCAAAGACAUUUUGAUGUAAAGUGUUUUGCAUUUCACUUUUGUUUGCUGUUUGCUUCUUACUAUGUCUAAUUUAAUUUCAUAUUUACAUAAAUAGUCUAAUUUAUGUCUUAAAUUAUACGCAUGGAAGAUUAUCUUGCACCCUGCAGGAAAUAUAAUGCCUGAAAUAACGCAAGAUGGUUGAAGAUGGCCAAAAAGAAAAGAAAAUACCUUAAAUUAAGUUUUUUUUUCUUAUUUAUUAGUUAUAAUGUGGAGUCUGGGGUUAUGUUUUUAAAGAUUUAUUUAUAGAUCUUGAAGUUAGAUGUGUGUGUAAACUAUUUCUAUAUAAUCUUUUAAUUGUGAAGUCUUCCACACCUGUCAAAGUAAUGAUUAAUAAGGGCUUCCCCUUGUUUGUACAUACUAUAUAUUUACAACAAUAUAUAGAUAUUGUUAGGUGUGUUAUUUUUCUACUUUUUUUUAUGUAUUUUCUAUAUUUUGUGUAACUUUCCACAAUGAAAAAAGAUCUCUAUGAUGCAGCCGUUAAAAGAAACAUAAACAUAAGAGCUUAAUUUGUUGCUCAUGUUGUUGUUGCUCAUGGUAGAACUGAACUACCACUGUUUGCUGACUUGUUGUGAAAUGAGUGUAUAAGAUACUGUAAAUAGUGAUAAAGCAUUAAACCUCGUAAAGGUUAACAUGUUGUACAAGUUGUGGUGCAGAAUCAUGACAAUG